UCUGGUUUCGAGCCAUCUGCGAAUGAUUGCUGGCUUUCGGAGGGAGAGGCGGAUCAUUGUGAGUCCAAUGUUUCUCCACAGAGCGGACCUGAACCUUUCUCCUCGAACAAAACGAUUCCCAUUGAGAUAGCUGAGAGACGGCUUUCCCAUCUCCCGGAGAGGAGCUGGAGGUGGACUAUAGGGGGGGAAACAUCACAAUGAUCCACACCAUGGAAUGCGCAGCGGACGCGCAAAGCCUCAUCUCCAUUUCCUUAAUGAAGAUCCACAACUCCAGGACGCAGAGAGGGGGGAUCAAGCUGCACAAAAACCUGCUGGUCUCCUACGUGCUGCGGAACGCCAGGCAGGUCUACGUCAAGGAGAAAUACGCGGAGAUCUAUAGGAUGCAGCAGUACGAGGAGGUGAUGACCGUCUGCAACGAGAUCCAGGAGCUCAACCCGCUGGAUCUGGACGCAGAGGACGCCGGCGACGAGGAGCAGGCGCGGGCUGCUUGCUGCGGCGAAGAGGCGAGUCUCUGCGGCUCUGCGUGCCACCGAGGCGCGGCGCAGCCAGCGGCGCACGCCCGGACAGCGAGCGCUCUUUUCGGCUGCUCUCCCCUCGAGGACGGCGGCAAAGAACCGGAUCCCUCCUACUAUCGAAGCUGCUGCAUGGAGGCUGCCCCUGUGUCCCACUGUGACCAGUUCCCCGCAAACGGCAGCACGCACUGCAACAAAACCACAGUGCUGGAUUUGGACACGCAUGUGGUAACUACGGUGGAGAACGGCUACCUCCACCAGGACUGCUGCUGCGACGCGCUCCAGUGCGGCCAGGGCGCGCAGUCCCCGGCCAAGAAACGGAAGGUCGAGUUCGGCUUUUGUACAUCCGACGGCGAGGAGGUGUCGGAUUUUACAUCGGCUCGCAAGCGGGCGAAACGCGAGGACUGUUCCUACUUCCACCUAGACUACACAGACACUUCCAACAUCUCCAACCUGAUCUCCAUCUUCGGCUCGGGCUUUACAGGGCUGCUGAGCAGACAGGCGGACUUGGAACAGAUCUGUAGUAAACAGGUCCUGGCCAGCCUGGGGGCAUGGACCCGAGCGAUUGUGGCAUUUUGAAUUAAACCCUUUAUUUUUAUUUUUUAGGAGAGACCGGGGUCAGUUGUAACACGUUUUUUCCCACAAAAGUAUGAAACUAAACCCAGUGGAGAAGCCUUUUCUCCUGCCAGUUUUUUUGUUGUUGUUGGGGAACAUGUUUCUAAGCUGAAGAGAACAAAGUAACGUUCCCAUAAUUGUUCUCCAAGGUAUAUUCCAACAUUCUAUGUGUAAUUUGUGGGACGUAUUGCAUAGUUACGUGUCCAUGAUGGAAUGUUCUUAGAACAAGUUUUCCAUGGGAACCUUAGGGGAACGUUGCCAGUUGACUGUACUGUUCCACAGCCUUUCUAUGUGCAAAUAGUGAAUGGUGUGCUGCAGAGUAUGGAUUGGGUGAGAUCAGUGUUUUCUACAGAAACUGUGCAUUGCUACAAAUAGAGCCCCUAUGUGUGAGGGCAGUUGUAACGCUACAAAAAUUCGACUUUUCUUGUCACCAAUAUCAGUGUGGUCAGCAGUAGAUGUCAUUUAACCGCCCAGUGAUGGUCACUGGUUUGGUAAAACACAGGUUUAUUAAUUCACUUUGAACACAGAACGUGUGAAAACAUCACAGUUGGCCAAACUACCUUCAUUUCUGAACACGAAUUGGUUAUUAUACAAAAUGUUAAACACUGACAAGGGAUUUUGACCCAUACAGCUGACCUCUCAGUGUCAUAGUAAAUACUAUGUGCUGAAAAACUCUUAACAUUUGAUUGGCUAUCCUCAGUGGCUUGCAGUCGUUCAAAAACAGCGAUUUUUAAAACACAAAUGUCAAGAAUUAGACCUCAAUGCACACCUUUUGUCUUAAAGAAAGAACAGAUAACAGAUGUGAAUGUGGUUCGUUGGUGUGCACUGUGUGACGUCACUCCCCCCUCGUUUCUGAUUGGAGGAUCUGGAGGUGUCACAACGGAUACCCGGUCUCCCCUAUAAGGUCUAAAUCAACUUUUAUUUUUGCAGGAAAAAAAGAAAAGCUAUUUUAAAAAAAAAAAAAAAGGAGGAGAAAAGAGCAUUUUAAUGACAAUAGUUUUGGCAGGGAGAGGACAGAGUUUGUGCCAUAUAUAUCCUGUUGUCAGAACGGUAAUGACAUGAUGAAAUGGAUUGACUUCCAUUGCCUUAAAUCAAAUGCACACAACUGCUACACUGUAAAACUUUUCACCGUAAAUUUACAGUAAUAUACUGGCAGCAGCUUCACCGCUAAACUACUGUUUAUUUACAGUAAGCAUAAUGUUUUUUACAUUUUAAGGUAUUUUACUGUGAAUAGACGUAGUUUCUUACUGUAUUAUUUGAAUUUACAGUAAUACAUUUCCCAAGAUGCUUUGGUAUUACCCGUAAAUACCUGUAUUCUGUAACAUUCACAGAUAGUUUUUUCUCCCAGACUCCAUUGCCAAUUACAGUAUGAUCCUGUAUAACAAUGAAACAGUAUGAUACUGUGAGAUUUUAGCUGUAAGUUUACAUCAAAGGUUUACAGUGUAGCUAUUGUCAGAAAUGGAAAGUGAGCGAACGUCUCUCCUGUUCCGGGCUCAAAGGAGCCUUCGUGGAAACACAUCUCCAGUUUAAAGUUGGACCUUGCACAUUCUGGGCAGUUUGUAGUCAUGUGAAAGACCACGUACAAGACUCUCUCCCUAACACUUUUUGAGGUACAUUGAUGGACUCAGAAACCAACUCAUAUCACUUAAUGGAGUGCCAACACGUACAUGUACUGCAACACUUUUUGGGCUAUUACUGUGGUUAUUACUCCACCAUCCACUCCCAGUGUGUGAUAGUAAACAGUCCGGGUUAUUUUGGCAGUUUGACAUCCCCCUCUUAAUCAUGGUUGUUGCUCAAAGCCUUCACAGCAAUUCCAUAAUUCCAACACGUCUUGGUUUUGUGUGUUUUUUUUACUUUGUUUUGUAAAAAAAAUUGAUGGUAGUCCUUUUGUUUUAGAAAGGCAAAAAACUCAUGAUUUAGCCAUAACCUGAGAAUCCACGCAUUAGCUUUAUGAGCACUAUGUGUACAAAAAUAAAGAGAAUAUUCAGCCAUUCUCUACAUAUUUUGUUGUUAUUCUUGUAUUUUUUGUGCUUACUAAAAUGUAUAUCACCGGGUCAAAACUGUUCCAGAAAAUAUUUGUUGAAAAUUUAUAAUCUUAAUAAAAAAUGAAAACCUUAA